GUGCGUGUCCAAGGAAAGGUGAGGGACAGCGUCUGGUCACCUGUGUGUGGUGGCAUCUCACAGAAUGAUGACAACGCCUAAGAUGCAUCAACUUUUUGUGACAGUCCUCACAUUUCCCCUAGUUGUGCAGGCAUCAGGAGGAGGUCACUGGUGUUAUUCCUCACAGAACCCCAGCUGUGGUGCAGACCACUGGAAGGACAUAAGUCACACCUGUGGAGGUGAAAAACAGUCUCCCAUCAACAUUGAUAGAUCCAAGGUAAAGAGAGACACCCAGCUUGGGGAAAUCAUAUUCCACGGAUAUAAUCAAGCUCCAUCUCACCGCUGGAGGCUCAUGAAUGAUGGACACUCAGUUCUCUUGAGUCUUGAAGGAGAGGUGAUUUUGGGGAACAUCAACAUCAGUGGUGCAGGACUUCCCAACACAUACAGGGCACUGCAGUUUCACUUCCACUGGGGAAACCCCACAAAGGAUGGAUCAGAACACACAAUGGAUGGGAAGCAAUUCCCUAUGGAGUUACAUAUUGUUCAUAUGAAUGCCAAGUAUAACAGCAUUGUGGAUGCCAAGAAGGACCCUCAAGGCUUGGCCGUGCUUGGAUUCUUUUUCACUGUGGGUGAGGUUGACAAUCCUAAUUAUAACACGCUGGUGGCUGCUAUGAAGAACGUGUCUUUGGAAGGUGACUACAUAGAUUUGACUUCAACAUUUCCCCUGGAGUCUCUCCUUCCCCCCCAUGACAAGCUAACUCGGUACUAUCGAUAUCAGGGCUCGCUCACCACUCCAGAUUGCUCUGAGGUUGUGAUUUGGACCGUGUUUGAGCAGCCAGUUACUAUCAGCCGUUCACAGCUUCGGAUUCUCACAGACACGGCUCAUUUCAGUGCUAAAGGUGAAAGCCUUCUCAAAAUGACAGACAACUUCCGACCACCUCAACCUCUCAAUGGUCGCAAAGUCUGGGCCUCAGUGGAUGCCACCAUAAGCCAAUCCAAUGCUCUUAGUGCCUCUAUCAUCACACUGUGUCUAGCAAGCUUGGCCACCACAGCUCUUCUCCUCUUCUAAGAAGCCAUAUUGGUUUGUAUCGAAUUCUCUAGCCUUUUUUGGCAAAUACUCCAGGAAAUGAAGAAGAACUGCUCCAA